AUGGCUCGCACGAGCGACAAGCCGGACGCUGAGCUGGUUGGGCUUGUGAAUGGCGCCACGGCGGAGGCGGCCGAGGCGCUCGUCUCCAAGCUGACACUGCGCGAGAAGGCCUCGCUCUGCUCCGGCGCCUCCUUCUGGAACCUGCAGUCGAUCAAGCGGCUCGGGCUGACGGGCCCCAACGUCUCGGAUGGCCCGCACGGCGUGCGUCGCGACCUCGGCUCCUCACACCUCGGGCUGGACGGCUCGGCGCCAGCGACGUGCUUCCCGUGCGCUUGCACGCUCGCAUCCUCGUGGGACCCGACGCUGGCAAUGCUGGUGGGCGAGGCGCUCGGGCGCGAGUGCCUCGCGCUGGGCGUGAGCGUGCUGCUCGGCCCGGGCGUCAACAUCAAGCGCCACCCGCUCUGCGGCCGGAACUUCGAGUACUUUUCCGAGGACCCGCUGCUCGCGGGCGAGUUUGCGGCGAGUUUUGUCAAGGGCGUGCAGAGUCAGGGGGUGGGCACGUCGAUCAAGCACUUUGCGGCCAACAACCAGGAGGCCAACCGCAUGACGAUCGACACGCAGGUCGACGAGCGCACGCUGCGGGAGAUCUAUCUGCCCGCCUUUGAGGCGGCCGUCACGCGCUCGCAGCCGUGGACAGUCAUGUGCGCCUACAACAGGCUCAACGGCCAGCAAUGCUCGGAGCACGACUGGCUGAACAACACGCUGCUGCGGGGCGAGUGGGGCUUCGAGGGGCUCCUCCUCACGGACUGGGGCGCGAUCGCCAACCGCGUCAAGGGCCUCCUCGCCGGCAUCGACCUCGAGAUGCCCUCGUCGGCCGGCGUCAACGACGCGCGGAUAGCGGCGGCCGUGCGGUCGGGCGCGCUGGAGGAGGGCGUGCUGGACCGCGCGGCGGCGCGGGUGGUGUCGCUGUACCUGAAGAGCGACGCGGCCAAGGCGGCGCACGCCUCCAAGGAGGAGGGCAAGGAGAUGCACGCGCGCCACCACGCGCUCGCGCGCCGCGCCGCCGCCGAGUCGGCGGUCUUGCUCAAGAACGACGGGCAGCUGCUGCCGCUCGGGGCGGGCAGCGGGCGGGUGGCGCUCAUCGGCGGGUUCGCGACGGCGCCGCGGUACCAGGGCUCGGGCUCCUCGAAGGUCAACUCGCACACUCUCGACCGACCGCUCGACGCGCUCCGAGCCGCCGUCGAGGGCGGCGCGCUGGUGUACGCGGCGGGGUACGAGCCGGGGCACGCGGCGCUCGACGACGCGCUCAUCGACGAGGCGGUGGCGGCGGCGAGCGGCGCGGACGCGGCGAUCAUCCUCGCCGGCGCGCCUGCAGAGAGGCGGAGGAUGGAGGCGGAGGGGCGCCACAUGCGCCUCCCCGAGCAGAUGGACCGCCUCAUCGCCGCGGUGGCAGCCGCCCAGCCGCGCUGCGUCGUCGUGCUCUCCAAUGGGUCGCCGGUGCUCGAGACCUACCUCUCGGGCCAGGCAGGCGCCCUCGCCCUCGCCGACCUGCUCUUCGGCGCGGCGUGCCCGUCCGGCGAGCCUCGCGCCUCGCCCUCGACCCUGCCGAGGGCCGCGCCUCCUUCACGACUCGAGGGACUGCAUGUCGGCUACCGCCACUUCCUCACGCAAGGCGUGCAGCCCGUCUUCCCGUUCGGCCACGGCCUCUCGUACACCUCGUUCGAGUACGGGCCGCUCUCGCCGUCCGAGAGUGCGAUCGCUAUCUCCGACCCAGCCGCCGCGUCGGCGGCGCCGGCUGCGUGGUUCUGCCCGAUUGGCUGCUGCGAGGGCUACUCUGUUGCUUCAACACCUGCCCCUUCUAGUUUUGUGAGCGCGACGUACGAGACGAAGAUGCCGACCGCACAGAGGCUCUACUAA